AUGGGCACCCCCGUUGCCCGGGGGGCCAGGCCUCUCCCCGCCUCCGGGAAGCGCUCUCCCCCGGUCCUCGGCCUGCUGCUCCUGGUCUUCAUCAAGCAAGUUACAGGAUCCCUCCUUGAGGACACAACUCGCAAGUGGGCUCAAUACAAAGAGAAGUGUCUGAGAGACUUACUCAAGGAACCUCCUGGGACCUUUUGUAACGGGACCUUUGAUCGAUACGUGUGCUGGCCUCAUUCUUCUCCAGGAAAUGUCUCUGUUCCCUGCCCUUCCUACUUACCUUGGUGGCAUGAAGAAAACUCUGGAAGGGCCUACAGACGCUGCCUGGCUCAGGGCACCUGGCAGACACUGGAGAACUCCACAAAUAUUUGGCAAGAUGAUUCUGAAUGCUCCAAGAAGCACAGUUCCGAACAGAAAGUGGAAAACCACGCCUUGCUGUCGACCUUGCAGCUGUUGUACACCGUGGGGUACUCUCUCUCCGUCGUCUCCCUCCUCUUGGCUCUCACCAUCCUCUUGUUUCUUCGAAAACUCCACUGCACACGCAACUAUAUCCACAUGAACCUGUUUGCUUCUUUCAUCCUGAGAGCCCUGGCCGUGCUGGUGAAGGAUGCCAUCUUCUACAACUCUUACUCCAGGAGGCCCAACAGCGACAACAAGUGGCUGUCCUUCGUGUCAGAGAUAUCUGUCUCCUGCCGCUCUGCCCAGUUCCUGCUGCACUACUUUGUGGGAGCCAAUUACUCGUGGCUGCUGGUCGAAGGCCUUUACCUCCACACGUUGCUGGAGCCCACAGUGCUCUCUGAGAGGCGGCUGUGGCCCAGAUACAUGCUGGUGGGUUGGGCCUUCCCGCUGCUGUUUGUGGUACCCUGGAGUAUUGCUCGUGCACAGCUGGAGAACACCGGGUGCUGGGGAACCAACAGGAACAAGAAAAUCUGGUGGAUCAUCCGGGGGCCCAUGCUGCUUUGUGUCAUGGUCAAUUUCUUCAUCUUCCUGAAAAUUGUCAAGCUUCUCAUUUCUAAGCUCAAAGCCCAUCAAAUGUGCUUCAGAGAUUAUAAAUACAGAUUGGCAAAGUCAACGCUGGUCCUCAUUCCUUUGUUGGGCGUUCACGAGAUUCUCUUCUCUUUCAUCACUGACGAUCAAGUCGAAGGAUUUUCAAAACUUAUACGACUCUUCAUUCAGUUGACUCUGAGCUCCUUCCAUGGAUUGCUCGUGGCCUUGCAGUACUGCUUUGCCAAUGGAGAGGUGAAGGCUGAACUGCACAAGCACUGGGUCCGCUUCCUGCUCGCCCGCCACUCCGGCUGCAUGGCCUGGGUCCUGGAGAAGAACUUCCGAUUCCUGGGGAAAUGUCCCAAGAAGCUGUCCCAGGCAGACGGCAAGGGGACGCUCCAGAAGCCGCAGCCCUCGCCGGGCGGUGGGCAGCUCCUGCACCUGGCCAUGCAGGGCCUGGGGGGGCUGGGCGCUCGGCCGCCGCGGGGACACGGGGCCUGGCCCCGGGGCAGCAGCCUGUCCGAGAGCAGCGAGGGAGACUUCACCCUGACCCACACCAUGGAGGAGAUUCUGGAAGAGAGCGAGAUCUAG